AUCCAUUGACGUCGCUAUUUGAAGGCUGUAAACUCAAUUCCUCCCAUAUCACCCAUUCCGAUAACAUUGUCGUAUUUUGAGCAACAACAAGCAUAGAACACGAACCACCAGCCAUGGCCGAUUUGGCGGAACCGGAGAUCAGUCUCCCGGUGUCGGGACUGAGCCACAAGUCAGAAGGCGCACCAUCUACCGAUGGCGAGGCCAUAUUGACACCAGACACCACCUCAACACCACCCCUAAACUCUUCGCCAGGAGAACAUGAUCCGGAUACCCCAACUCUCGAUGUCACGACCCCGAAAAGUCCAGCAGUAUUAUCGAGGAAUGGGUCGUUUUCCGGGAGCAUGAGCAGCACUCUCCACGACGAGUGGGAUGUCUUCCCUCCUCUCGAUCGCUUGACCGUUCUCGACCUUCUCGAUAACUUUGCGCUCCCUCAGCAGCUGGAAAAAUUGCAGAGAGGCAUCCAUGCCCGAACAGAGAAGAUGCGCAAGUCUGGCGAGGCCCUGAAAGAAAAGAGUGCGAUUGCCCGAGAGCGCAUGGUGGAUGAAUGGCGCAAACGAGUCCCAACAGCCGAGGAGCAGCUAGAGCGAUACAAAAAGCGGAUGCGCACCAACGUUGAUAAGCUAGGAAAGCGCUGGAACGAUACCAAGGCCAUCACACUCCGCGAGAAAAUAGCCUUCAUCUUCGGCGUCAUGAACAUCUUUAUCAGCGGCUACUUGAUUGGCGCGUUCCCCGAAUGGUUCCAUAUUUGGUACACGGUUCAGAUCCUCUAUUUCAUGCCCAUACGCUUCUACAAGUACCACAAGCAAGGCUACCACUACUUCCUUGCUGAUCUCUGUUACUUCGUCAACUUCCUCCUGCUCCUCAGCCUGUGGGUGUUCCCCGGCUCGAAGCGCCUCUUCACGGCCGUCUAUUGCUUGGCCUACGGCAACAACGCCGUGGCCAUCAUCAUGUGGCGCAACUCCCUUGUGUUCCACAGUCUCGACAAGGUCACCUCACUCUUCAUCCACAUCAUGCCAUGCGCGACCCUGCACUGCAUCGUGCACCUCCUCGACCCAGACGAGCAGCGCGAGCGCUUCCCCUCCAUCUGGACCAUCAAGACCUCCCCUCCCGGCUCCCCGACCGCCUACGCCAACGUCAUCUCCAUGCUGGCCUGGUCCACGAUCCCGUACGCCAUCUGGCAGCUCUCGUACUACUUCUUCAUCACGGUCCGCCGCCGCGACAAGAUCGCCGCCGGCCGCCCGACCUCGUUCACCUGGCUGCGCAAGUCGUACUCUAAGAACUGGCUCGGCAAGGCGAUCCUGAACCUGCCCGAGUCCCUCCAGGAGUCGGCCUUCAUGCUGAUCCAGUACACGUAUGCCGUUUUGACCAUGCUGCCCUGCCCGCUCUGGUUCUACUACCGUUGGUUGUCGGCCGCUUUUCUCAUGGGCGUGUUUACCUGGUCCGUCUACAAUGGGUCUACCUACUACAUUGACGUGUUCGGCAAGCGCUUCCAGAAGGAGCUCGAAGCAAUGAAGGCCGAGGUGGCAAAGUGGCAGCAUAGCCCCGACGGCAUGAUGCAGAGCCCGAUGUUGACGCCGCAUGCUGUAGGGCAGGAGGAGGAGAAUAAGAGGCUUGGUGAGACGAUCAAGAAUAAUGGUGAGGGUAAUGGCAAUGGUAGCUCGGGCUCGAGCACAAGCAGUUUGGAUAACAUUCCGCUUUUGACCGAGGAGAAGGGCGAACCACCUGCGAGUGUAACUGCGACCGCGACCGGUGCGGAGGUGGAUGGUGGCGCGAAGGAUGUGGCGAGGGCGAGGAGGCCCGGUGCAGAGUUGUUUACUGCUGGGGCAGCGCCGUCUUGAUUGAGUUUUUUUUGGGUUUGAAGCGAGCAUGUUGUGACUUGAUGCGGUUUGAGAUAUGGCUCCUCUUUUUGGUUUCAUUUACAGAUAGGUACUCCCAUGUUAUGGA